AUGCCAUUUAAGUUUCUUGCAACCUUAAGCUCAGCGAGCUCAAAAUCGCUAUGGACAAGGUCGAUAUAUGCGUUAUCAACAGCAUCAGAUGUGAUCAAGAUUACAUUCAGACAAAAAAUUAAAAAUUCAGCUAUGAAUGACCCCAGGGCCAACUAUCCGGAACUUUUGCUUACUGCGGUUAAUAUCACUAAAACAAGUUCCCUCAAUUGCUCUUUUAGAAGCAAUUUCUUUAGUACAUUCACAAUAGACGGAUACUUACCGGAUGAGUCUACACCGGAUGAUUGCAAUAUGGCACGCUGCUUUAGUAUUUUAGUUAACAGUAAGACCCUCAAUGUUUUGUUUAAAGACUGUGGGGAAAACAGCAAAACAUUUAAACUUCUUCUUAUCCACGAGAAUUCCAACGAAAAAAGAGAUCGCAUAUUUUCCAACAAGCUAUUCAUUGAACUUGAAACGAAGGCUGGAAUGACGAAACGAUAUUCGGUAAAUUUCCGGAUAGGGAAGGAGUCAUUUGAUUUACGAGUGGAACACAUAUAUUUAGAAAUGUUGAAAGAUCAAUCGUUGACUGACAAUAUCAAGGAGUUCCGAAAGGGAAGCUCAACUGACAAUAAAUCCGAGACUAAUGAUACUGGCAACCGAGUACAUCAGAUAAUUCUUGAGACUUCUAUACUCAGAAAUUUCAUUGCAAUGUUUUCAAAUACCCUUGAGGACUUUAAAAUUGAAAUGUAUCCCAACGCUAGAAAGAUACAGUUUCACGGGUUCAAUCGUCAGAAAGCCCUUAGUGCAAGAACAAAAUUAACUCCAUUAUCCAAUCAACCUAUGAGUCUGUCCAUUCAGGUUAGCUUGAAUGACCUAAUCUAUGAUAAUAUCAUGAAAACUAGCGAUACUAACUCUAAGAUGAAGGAUAAAUUUCAAGUUUCCUUUAGACUACGAUAUAUGAGAACAUUUAUACAAUUAAUUGGAAACGACUAUUCUUUCCAUGAUAGUUCGAUUCAAACACACGAUCAUUCUAGAGAUAUAUUGAACGGAAUUGGAAACAAUUAUUGUGAAUUGCUACUUAUUGGACCGGCUUUUCCGAUCGUAUUCGAUAGAAAGUAUAGGGAAGAUGACAUCUCAGAGGAUGGACCAGUAUGUUGUGAAAUAACUUUAAUCGCUGCAACUGACAGUGAAACAGAUAAGGUAGACUUGAAUAAUAUGGAAAGCGUUCGUUUGCGUAGUGCGUUAGAUAAUUCGCAUUCGGGCAUGAAACGGAAAAAUGGUUUGACAUAUCUAGAAUCUGUAAAGAAACUUGAACUAGCAAGAAGUGGAAGGAAUCCAAGCACAAAUGGACCGUUGUUCGUUCCGUUGGAUGGAAGCGAUUUUGAAUCAGCUGAUACUGAUCAACAAGAAAUAAAAAGCAAGGAUGCCCUGAUUGGUAGUGAUGAUGUGAUGAAGAACAGUAACAUUCCUACGGAAUCAAGUAAGACUGAGAAGAAUUUACAUAUAAAGAAAAAUACCAAGGUUCAGAAUAAAAAUAUCAUUUCAGAGAAUAUGAAUGGGGAAAAUGAAGAAUUCCACAAAGGGAAUAAGGAUUAUGACAGCAUAUUUUGGGAUAAUGUUAAAUAUCACCGUGCAGCUAUAAACCGACUAGAAACGGAAGUACCACUUAUAAAAAACAAGAACAAGGAAAACGACGGUGAUAAAGAAAAAGAGGAAGAUCAUAUUACUCAAUUGCUGGGGCCAACGCAAAAGAACACGUUUAAAGGAGUUUUUGGUAACUGA